AAUUAACUUAAUGGCACUGAAGAAACUGCUCCCUGACCUUCACUCUGCAUUCCACUCUAGUAAACAUCAAUUAUGUGAAGGAACAACCCUUAACUUAAACAACCAUACAUAUUGAAUAUAAAUGAACCUUAUACUGAAACAAGUUUGAGUGUAGACCAGGGCUGAAUAACUCCACCCACUCCAGGAUCUGUGCAGUACAGUAGUUGGGUAUGUGGUUGGACCCUGCAGUAAUUAUUCUGAUUAUCACAUCCAAAGAACCUGAAGUGUCAAGAUCUCUACCACAAGAUCAACAAGUGAACAAGAGCACAGAAAUCUGAAACAGAGAUCUGUUCAAAACAAAGGAGGAGGAAUCUCUGGACUUAUUUUACAAAACAAUGAACAAUAAGGUGAAAUUACUUAUGGUGGGGCCACCAGAGUGUGGCAAGACAGCUUUAACCAAUUUUCUUAGCGAGGCUGGGGAGGUGGGAGGUGAGGAGUACCGACCCACUAAAGGUUGUCGCAUCGUUGAGUUUGAAGUCCCGAAUGUAACUGUGAGCAGUAUGACAACCAAGGCAGAAGUUGAGCUUUGGGACGUGAGUGGAGAUAGGAGAUAUGAAAAUUGUUGGCCAGCUAUUCAGAGAGGCUGCAAUGGUGCUAUUUUUGUCUAUAGUCCUGGCAGAGAAGAUCAUUCUCGUUACCUUGACACCUUGUACACCCAUUUUGUGGAGCAGCAAGGCCUCCGUGAGACUCAGUGUGUAGUGUUUUGCCAUUACAAGCCAGGCUUCAAAGGCAAAGGAGCUAAACUCUCAAGUUCUUUCAAUCAAAUUCCAAAGCUAGACACUCAGCUGGAAGAGGAAAGUGGAAGUGUCCGGAGGGAUUUCAAUAAUUUUGUUUCUUCUGUCUUGGGUCACAUGUCAGCAGUAGCUGAAAUGCAGGAAAAUUCCAUUCUCAUGUAAAUUUACUUUAAAUCCAUGAAUGUUUGCACUUUGUAAAGGAUUACUUCCAUUUUAUUUGACUUUGUACAGAAUACAAUUUAUACUCCAUAGCACUGCCCAAAAGUUGCUGUAAAAAAAAAAUUUGAUUAUAGUAUCUGUACCAGUAACAGCUUAGUCUUGUAAGGGACCAUAAAAAAAUUGGUACACUAACCACAUUCCCAGUCCAUAGGAAACUGUAAACCCAGCUGCUGAGUGAUGUCGGUUGCUUUAUAUUGAAGGUCCUCAAUGUGCUGGCCCUUUGUACCAAGGGAGUUUUAUCCUUCAUGAAGAAGGGGAAGAUUACUCAACUGAUGUUAAUGUAAAUUUAGUAAAGGAAUACCUCGCUAUUUGCAACACCGCUUAUCCUCAAUUGAUAUUUUAACACUCCUUUUGGCAUAUCAUAUUUUUGUCAAAAAUGUAAGAGAAAUAUACUUGUCAACAAUGGGUACUAUACCUUGUGAGCAUCUACACACCUUGUAAUUGUAUUUUUAUCUUUCCACAAACUAUUUUAAUCCAACUACAAAGCAGAGGGUUGUUCACUUUAUCAGUGAUUUAAAAAACUAUGAUCAUGAGUUGUAUAUUCUUUCCAUUGUGUGAUAUAUUGUGAAUCACUAUUUACCUUAAAAAUGAGGUACUAUAUCUUUUAAUUCAGUCCUCCAUAAUCUGUGCAGUGUACUUUCUAGUCAGUAUGUGAUACAAAUGCUGUCCACAAUAAUAAAGGUGAUAUUGUCUU